GUCUUAAGUCGUCUGCUACCUUGUGCCAGCGUUAUAACUCGCAACAAUGGCCCUUCCGCCCAACUACCGGCAAACCCAGAUUGCCGCUGCGACCCCGCCUGCACCCCAAAGGCCUCGGGCGCAAGGCACAACUUCGAAUUUAAGCUCGCCGAUGCCUUCUUCUGCCAACAGCAGCCCUUUCGUGCCAUCCCCACAUGGGCACCCAUCAUUCAAUCCACUCAAGUUGGGAUCACGUGGCGUUGGAGGCGCCGAAAGUCGUGUGCCCAAACCACCAAAACCACCUGAUAAACCCCUGAUGCCUUACAUGAGGUACAGUAGAAAGGUGUGGGAUCAAGUGAAGGCUACGAACCCUGACCUGAAGUUGUGGGAAAUCGGCAAAAUAAUCGGUCAGAUGUGAAGAGAACUGCCAGACGAGGCAAAGCAAGGUACGUCGAUGA